GCUUGCCAGCCAGCCAGCAGUACUACGGCCAAGCGAUAUACAUUUAGCAGAAGCAGUUUUUAGUUUCGAGUUUUGUGCUGUCGCUGUUAGUUCGGCCGCAAAUUGAAGUUUAGUUCCUUUCUGGCUGCUGUCAAAUGUCGUCAUGUUUUCUUGAACGUACGCGCGACGCGGCAAUCAACAACAAAACACAAAAUCCAAGCAGUAAUUUGCAAACAGCAAACAAAUCAUUUUUGUGAAAGACGUGAAAUAAGUGAAGAAGAAAAUUUUCGUGAAAAUUUACAAAACAAUAAAUUGAAUUAAUUGAAUGGAAAAUUAAUAAAAAUUUGGAACAAAAAAUAAAAUUUAAGUGAAACAAUUAAGACGCGCUGUCAACGCUAGCACACAUUGGAUUAACGGCGUUUGACUGAUAAAAAAUACAAAAAUAUUAAUUAAGCAGCAAUAACAACAAUUCAAGCAUUGCUUAAUUCAAUUAAAUGCCAAUUGCUUCAAGUUAAUUAAGAAAUUAAUUUUUGGAGCGUUCUGACAGCUGUAUGCAGCAUUUCGUGCCAGCAGCGAUUGAUAACAACAUAUUUUGGAAAUAAAAAAAUAUUUUUCCAAAAAUUCAAAAAAUCACAAACUAAUGUGCAGUGCAAAUACACUAAGGAAAAAUAAAUGAAAAACAAAAUUGUGAAAGUUUUGAAUGCACAAAGCGAAAAGCAAAGAAAUCUUAAUUCAAAUUAAGUGCAAGUGACCAAAAACAAAAAAAAUUGCAGCCGUCAACAGAAUUGUUACAAAAACAAAUUGAAUUUUUAAAGCCAACCGGUUAGUGUGUGUCGAGUGAUUUGCACAACAACAAAAUACAACAACAACUGGUGGACUGUUUGUUUGUCGCGCAAGUGACAGCGGUGAAAUUUGUUUGACGAAAGCUAAGAAAUCUCUAACAAUAGUAGCGCAAAAAAGCCAGUUGCUGCGAAUAUUUGGAGCAGUGUGAUAAAAAGUGCUGCGUAAAAUUAUUGGAAAAAAACAACAAAUUAUUUAUACAAAAAAUUUCCAAAUAAUCGUGAGCUUACAAAAGUUUGUUGAAAACACAAAAAUCAGAAAUUCGUUGAAAUAUUAACUCAACAACAACAACAACGCACAAUUUACGCUGAUAAGCCAAAUCUGCAGCCAGGCACACGCCAUACAAAGUGAGUGAAUUGUGUUCUAAGUGAUUACACUUGAGCCGAAACUAAAACUUAAGCUAGUGCCAGUGCCAGCGCAAGCAACAACAACUUUUAAACAACAACAAAAAAUGCGCAUAAUUAAGAUUGUUGGAAAAUCGAAAAAGAUUAAAUACAAGCACUGAAAUUGUGGCAGAAAUAUAUAAUUAUUUAUUAAAUACAAAAACAAAAAUUGUGAACAAAAAAUUUUUUUUUGCAAAAAAAAAAAAAUUUAAAAAAAUUAUUUUCAAAAAAUAAUUGACAAAAAAGUGGUGCGUGAGCAAAGUAAAUGUUUGGCAAGAAUUCCGCAACGAACGCUAACACGCACACAUACACACACGCAACCAAGCAGUGACUGUGUGAGCGAUAAGUUGCAAGCAACAAAAGAACACGUGCAAGCUGAUUAUAGAGCGAGCAGCAGCAGCAACCAACAGCCGAUAAGCCAUAAAAUGUAAACAGCACCAACAACAACACAAACUAGUGUAAAGUGAAAGAAGUUAAGUGUCUGUAUGUGAAAAGUCAAAGAAAUAACAACUUACCAAUUCCAAGUUCCUCAAACAUAAAUGUAAUUCGCAAGGAUUUUCAACACUCUAACAGUAUUAUUGCAAAACAACAAAUAAACAAAUUAAAAAAAAAUUAAAGUAAUUACAACAACAACACAUAUUCCUAAUUAUUAAACGUGUACGAAGCGAGUAUACAUUGUUUGUGCUGCAAAUAAAUUGUGAAGAACAAAAACAAAAACAACAAACUGUUAAAAACCCAACAACAACAACAAAAGUAAAGCAAGAAAAAUAAUUUCUGUUGUGUGUCCGUUGAUUUUGGUUAGUGCAAGCGGGCCGCAGCAAAGCCAGUGUUAAUGUGUGUGUUUUUCGAGCGAUGCAACUGAUUGUUGACAAAAUUCCCAUGUUUUCGAAACAAACAACGAAACGCAAUUCCAAAAAAAAAAAUGAUGAAAUGAACGCCGGCAACGGCUCCUCGAGGGCGCCAGCCUCCGGGAGCCAAAUAUCACCACAACUACCCGACGUACAAACGCAGCAGCAGCAGCAGCAACAACAACAACAACAGCAAGCGCAACAACAACAGUUACAACAUCAACAACAACAGCAACAACAAAAUAACAAUACAUACGGCAACUAUCCACCCAUCUAUAACUCACCGGGCGCACAGAAUGGCAUCACACCACCAAUCGGUCAAUAUUCCAUGGGUGAGCCCGAUACAUUGCGCACACUGAAGAAUACAUUUGGCCCGAAUUCCGAAUUUACAACAAGCGGCUACGGCAACUAUAGUAAUAUGGUAACGGCCAAUGGUGGUGGUCUGCAGCAGCAACAACAGAUGGAUAAUAUGAGUGGCAUGGCCGGUGGAUAUGGGCAGAUGAGUGCCAAUCAAAUGCAUGGUGGCAAUGUGCAAAAUCUCUACAUGAAUGGCAACAUCGGCGCUACCGGCAGCGGCAGUCCGAGUGCGACCAAUAUGAAUAGCGCUGGCGGCAUUGGCGGCGGUGCUGGUGCCUCUCAAGUGGCCAGUAAUCCAAAUGUUAACAUGAAUGGCGGCGCCAACAUGCAAAUGGGUCAUAUGAAUGCAUACAAUGGCGGCGGCGGCGGCGGCAGCGGUGGUGUUGGUCCCAAUGGCAAUCCCAAUAUAGCGCCAUCUAGGCAUCAAAUGAACCCAAUGAAUCAGAUGCAGAAUAUGACUAUGGGUGGCGGUCCACAAAUGACGCCCCAACAGCAGCAGCAGGCGAUGAGCGGUCUUGGUCCCAUGGCAAAGAUGCAGGGCAUGGCGAAUGGUGGCUAUGCGCGACGCAGCACACCAUAUCCCAGCGCACAAAUGCAUGCGGCGCAGAAGCGUGCCAGCUACACCUCCAUGGGUAAUCCGUCAAUGCAGAAUGUUCCUCCGCAAAUGGGCAUGCAACACUAUGGACAACAGAUGCAUCCGCAAGCGGGUAGCGGCGUGCCAGUACCUAUGCAAGCGGGCGCCUAUGCUCGUGGCGGUCCAAUGGGUGGCUAUGGCAGAGCCAAUGCAAUGGGUCCAGUCGGUAUGGGUCCUGGUGGCAUGGGCCCAGGUGGCAUGGGUCCUGGUGGUAUGGGCCCCGGCGGUAUGGGUCCUGGUGGCAUGGGUCCCGGUGGUAUGGGACCCGGUGGCAUGGGUCCGGGUGGUAUGUGCCCAAGCGUUAUGGGUCCCGGCGGUAUGGGUCCUGGCGGUGUGAGUGCAAUGCAACGUGGUAUGCCACAAGGUCCCGGCGGUUAUAGUGCUGCUAUGGCGCAUCAACAGAAUCAAUACUAUCCAGGUGUAAAUGGUGCUGGUGGUGCUGGCAUGGGUCCGGCUGGUCCGGGCGCCCUAACGAAUACCGGUUCCAUGUACCAGAAUCAAGGUUUCCAGCAAAAUUACCAACACAGCCCAGUUCCUGGUAAUCCGACGCCGCCAUUAACACCCGCCUGCAGCGUUCCAUACAUCAGUCCGAAUCCGGAUAUCAAACCAAUUAUGGACAACUGCGAAGAGAUGCGACUGACAUUCCCCGUCCGUGAUGGCAUCAUACUUCCACCGUUCCGUUUGUUGCACAAUCUCUCCGUCAGCAACCACGUAUUCCACUUGAAGCAAAAUGUCUACAAUACGCUCAUGUGUCGCUCCGAUCUCGAGCUGCAGUUGAAAUGCUUCCACCAAGAUGACCGACAGAUGAACACAAAUUGGCCGCAUACGGUAACAGUAUCUGCCAAUGCUACGCCCCUCACCAUUGAACGCUCCGAGAAGACGGGUCAAGCAUUGCGGCCGCUAUAUCUCAAGGCGGUAUGCCAACCCGGACGCAAUACUCUGCAAUUAACUGCUAGUUCCUGCUGUUGUUCCCACUUAUUCGUGCUGCAGCUAGUCCAUCGACCCUCCGUGCGGCAUGUACUCCAGAGUCUGCACAAACGCAACUGCUUACCCGUAGAUCAUUGUGUGGCCAAAAUCAAACGCAACUUCAUGGUCUGCUCAACGACUAACGGUCCACUGGAACCCGGCGCUGGCAACAUGGAAGCGACCAAAUGCACCAAGAUCUCAUUGAAAUGUCCGAUCAUGAAGUCUCGAAUACGUAUGCCUGCGCGAGGACACGAGUGCAAGCAUAUCCAGUGUUUCGAUCUGGAGGCAUAUCUGCUUAUGAAUUGCGAACGAGGCGCCUGGCGGUGUCCAGAAUGCAAUAAACCUGCGCUAACCGAGAGUUUAGAGAUCGAUCAGUACGUGUGGGCCAUUUUGGAUAAACUGAAUAACACGGAUGUGGACGAGGUCAUUAUCGAUUCGAGUGGUAAUUGGCGCGCGGCGCAAGGUAUUCAUCAAGGUUCUCCACUCACUGCGAUGUCGGCACAAAUGCCCAGCCCAAUGGCAGGACAGAUGGUUGGCCAAGUGCCCGGCGGACAGAUGCCAGGACAAAUGGGCGGUCAGGCACCCAACCAGAUGGGCGGACAGAUGCCAGGUCAGAUGGGUGCUCAGAUGCCCGGUCAAAUGGGCGCUCAAAUGCCAGGACAAAUGGGUCAGAUGGUGGGAGGUCAAAUGCCCGGUCAAAUGGGCGGUCAAAUGGCUAAUCAAAUGCCCGGACAAAUGGGUACUCAGAUGGUUGGUCAGAUGGCUGGUCAACUGAGCGGCCCCAAUGUGCCGACCAUCAAACAGGAAAAUACCUUCGACGAUCAAUCAAAAGUUAUGUCACCAUGGGACAACUCGCAGGCGAUGAGUCCUUACAUGCAACACGACAUGAAUGCGGGCACGCCUAAUGUACCCGGCGCUGGGCAAAUACGCAGUCCUUUUGAUAUGUAUGGCGGUGGUGAUGUUGGCGUCUCCGAUCAGCAUGCAGGUGAUACAGCCAAUUCUCUGGACCAGCUGAACGCCAUGGAGAAAAGCUUAACAGAUCAGAUGCCUCACACGCCGCACACACCAAUGCAUCCGAUGACACCCGGCGGUCCACCAAGUGUCAGCUCGGCGCAUAACGAGCCAUCGACACCCAAUGCGAAUAUCUCAAAUUCCUCACCACAAACACCUGGCACACCCGGCCAGCCCGGCGGUCCUGGUUCAAAUCGCGCAUCGAAUGAAUCACACCAACAGCAGCAGCAUUCACAACAGUCAGUCCAGCAGUCGCAGCAAGAGCAAAUAAUCAAUUCACUAAUCAACUCACAGCCGAACGGCUUGUCGAAUCUCAACGAAACGGAUUUGAAUGCGGAAUUGAAUAUGGACAACAAUGAUGGAGCUGGCGACUUGAGUUUGUUACCCGAUGUUGAUCCCAUGGAGAUACUGUCGUACUUGGAUCCACAACCCGAUCUGAAUACGCCACCAUCGAGCGGUUCCAGCAAUAACAACAACAAUGAUGACAUACUCUCGACGUUAUUCGAUUGAGACAAUCUACUGAAGGAGUUGUUGUAAAUGAAAUGUCAAACCACAACAAAAAAACUUAACUACAACAAAGCAAACACUCUGGUAAAAGCGUUGAGGUGUGAGAAUUCGAGCAAUACAAAACAAGCAUUGUGACUCGUGUACAUACAGACAUGAAUACAUAAGAUGCAACAGGGUAACAAAAGAACGGAUCAAGUCAAUAAACCGGGCGGCAGUGCGUAACAUUUCUACUUUCGAAGAAUGUCGAAAUGAAAAACAUGCCACGGCAUACUGUUAUAAUGAAUAUUGUAAGAGCGUAAUUGCAUAAAACAACAUUUGAUGUUUCUUCGAAAAAAGAGUGAAAAUAAAAUGAACAAAUUCAAAGUUUAAAAAUUUUGUGAAGAAAUUUGCUUAAAAAUUUGAUGAAAUUGCCAUAUUAAUUUUUGUUUUUUUUAAACUCUCGACGAAAAUCAAACUUUAACAAAAUUAAGUAGAAAUGAACGCGUGGUAAAUGUUUUAUGAAAGAACAACUGCAACAACAAGAAACAACAAAUAUAUAGACGAAAAUUGCAAAAAUAAAAUACAAAAAAUUAAAAAUAUCUAUGAAAGCUACUUUUCGAGCUGUACAUACUUAGUAUUAUUAAUGUCUUAACACACUUAAAUGCAGCAGAAAAGCAAUUGCAAAGUAAAUAAAGUCUAUUGAACCCUUUAGCGCGCUUUUUUUUGGUAGAGAACCUUGUAUAGUAACUGCACCAUUUUGCCAAAAUCACCCAUAAAUACAAUGUUUGCAUGAAGUUUGUAAAAUUAUGAAAGCUCCAAUAAGUGUAAGCUCUCGGCGUAUGAAAGCUCCAAUAGUGAAAGCUUUCGACGCAAGAAAGCGCAAAGCACACUUUGCCUGAAUAAACAAAAAAAUGCUUUUGGUGUGUGAAAAAAGUAUAAAAAAUUAAUUGAAAUUCAUACUACAAUGAAUAAAUGAAAACUGAAAUAAUUCAAAAACAAUGAAAUGUGAUUUUAAACCGUAAAUAGAACACACAAAAUAACUUUUUCGUUAUAAAAUUUAAAUGUACAAAGUUUCAUGCUUUACAAAAUGUUGGAUU